CCUGGGCAGCAUGUGACACCGGCCAGGUGGGUGCCCGCCUCUCUUCUGCGCUCUGGGCUCGGGGCGGCCGCAGAGCUUGGCGGAGGAUUUAGCCCUGAUGGAGGCCGAGGAGCCUGAGCAUGAAGCUUCUACUUCCACUCCUGCCAUAAAAGAAUUCAAAGUUAUUCCUGAAGCUAUCAUGAGGAGCAGCCAGAUUCCCACUUUGGAACCUGAAGUUCAAGACCAGGGCCCAUCCUGUAAGUGGACAGAGGAACACAGGCUCCUGGAGAUGCAGUCAAAAGAAUUAAGGGACAUGAAUGACUGUGCAGCUGAAAGUAUGCUCUUUUUCCCUAAAAGAGGCUCUGUGGAUGUGGAGACCAGCCAGGAAGACCUUGUGGCUGGGGCUUGUGACACUCCAGAACACCAGGAGUCAGAACCCCAGACCCUGGCAGACAGUGGAGCAAGGACACUAGCACCUCCAGAGUGUGAGGUCUACCUCAUUCAGGGUGAAUGGCUGGACACGGUCCCCAUACCCACUGAAAUGGGCAGCGGAGUAGAGGUGGAAUUUCCACACGACCUCACCUCCUUGAUAUUGGGAACGGAACAAGCAAAUGAGAAGGAGGAAGUCUCUCCAGUCGCCACUGCUCAGACUGGAUUUUGGCCUCCCUGCAUAGUACACCCUAUAGAAACCAACCAGACCAAGGCCUCUGCAAAUGAAACUGUCAGCCAGGAAGAAGAGCAGCAGCUGGAAAAUGCACAGGAAAGUCAAGGGCAAGAAAGACUAUUACAUCCCCAGGAAGCCCAUGGGCUGGAGGAGCAGCAACAACAGGAAGGGGAAUGUCAGAGGACAGGAACUGUGGGGGAGGGUGUUUGCUCAGAUGGGCUUUUGUGGAAGCAAGAACAGAUGGGAGGUCCGCCUAAUGACAAAAAGGAAGAACAGAGGCCAAAACAGGAAAGGAUACAGGAGGAUGUGCUUGGAAGACAAGGAGAAGGAAAGGGGAACAAUGGGGAAUUAACAGGUGUGAAAUGUGAGUGGGUUCCAGGGAACAGGGAGCAGAAAGCUCAGGGAGAGAGGGGUCUAGAGGAGGAAGAACAGAAGCAAAGUGAGUUCAGGGGGCCAGAGGAGUGUUGGGUGAACUCUCAGUAUGCAGCGAAUCAAAGCUUAGCAGAGAAAUCAGAGGAAUUAACUAGAAAGCAAGUAGAUCAAGGUCUAAGGGGGGAAAUGAGGCCAAUAGAGCUACAGGAAGAAGAGGCAGGGUCCAACAAGAAGGAGGCAGGGAAUUGGGAUAGGCAUGGGUUUGGGAUAGUAGAAGAGCAGAAAGCAGAAAAGGAGGAAGAGUACCAUGGUCCUUCCACACUAACUCCAGUAGCCCCUCAAGUCCCUUAUUCGUGUGACUUGUCUCCAAAAGUCUCUUGUCCUGUGACUCAGAUUCCUGGGACUCUGUCAGAAUCCAGGGCUGGGGAACUGUUCCCCAGAGCUCUGACUCCUUCACCGGAGCCAACUGGAUGGUCCUCCCAGUCCAUUUCUCCACCUGGCUCCUUUCCUACUGGGCAGUUACUUAACAACAAUAUAGGUCAGGAUAGCCAGCCAGAAGGAUCUGAGCUGAGGACAGAGACAGUGUCCAGUCAAGGGACUGAAGUGGUCUUUGCUAAUACGUCUACCACACCUCCAAGAAUGCCAGAUUCAGCUACUUCCAGUCCUGCUGAAGACUCCUCUAUCACAACUACCAUAACACCUGCUAGCCCACCAGUUGUCUUUGCAAGGAGAGAGAGCCCAAGACCUUCUCUCUCAACUGAUAACCUACCUGCCUAUGGAGCACUUGACACUUACCCAUCUGCUGUCCACAGAUACCCCCCUGUGGAGGUCAACAAGGACCAAAGUGCCGGUUCCAACAGGGCCGGCCCUCUCACUGCCCUGGCCAACUGUACUGGCGCCAUCCAGCACAUUAGGAGCAACUCCUUCCCAGGUUCUCAAAGGACACAGCAGACCCCGGACCUGGUGGGAAUGUCACUUUUUUUCUCUCAUUCAGAGUUACCCCAGAGGCCCCCCAAACCUGCCAUCUAUGGUUCUGUGAUGCCACGAAGGGACAGGAGAAGUGGUAGAGACUGCAGCACUAUUUCACAAUCUCCUCCUGCAUUAUCCGCUCCAAGGCAGGGCUCUCAAGAAUUCAUUUCAAGUCCACAGAGGACCAGCAGUCACGAAGGCAGCCAACCAUGGGACUCCCCCAAGGACUCAGCCUUUGCCACAGGAUCUCCUUCCUGUGGUUCUUCACCAUCCACUGUGUCCACGGACUUGAGGAUCUGUGAGCCUCUGAUACCUCCUCUCCCAGAGAAGAGGCACAGCCGCCUUUCCUUCGUGGAGACAGACGAGCAUCCUCCUCCAGUGGUCCCCGCACUGAAGCAAUGGAGCCAUCCUCCUCCACCGGCCCUAAGUGAAGAGCUACAUGGUCCCCCUAAAGGACCCCUUCCUCAUUUUCCUGACACCUCUGUGGCAAGACAGCACCGACCUCUGCCAUCUACUCCAGACAGCUCUCGUCAUACUCAUUCCUCCUCCUCCAGGCUCAGAUACAACAAACCAUUGCCCCCAACUCCUGAUUUGUCCCAACCCCACCAGACUCCCCUUUCUUCUUCCAGUAUCUCAAGGACCUACAGGCCUCUACCCCCUGUCCCUAUCACAGAUCCUUCCACUGAACCACCCCCUUUACCCCCAAAGGCCAGGGGCAGGAGCAGGAGCUCUCAGGGAGAGCUUAUGAACUCAGGGGGCCUAGCCAGACAGCCUGCUAAUCAAGCCUGGACAGUUUCCACUCCCCCCUCUGCUGGACGUACCUCCUGGCCCCCAGCUACGGGCCGACCAACAGAGUCUUUGGCUUCCACCAGUAGGAGUAAGAGCGAAGUGUCCCCUGGUAUGGCUUUCAGCAACAUAACAAACCUUCUAUGUCCCUCUUCGCCUAUAACCCCCUGGACACCAGAGUUCCAGGAACCCAACACUAAUAAUGAAGCAAGGCUCUCAGAAGAGUCUGAGACCUCUGCAGGAGGACCAUUGAAAAGAUCAGCCCCUCAGCAAGGAGGCAAUGGCCCAAGGAGGUCCACUCUGGGCCCAGCAAGGCAGCUAGAAAAGCCCAGCCAUCCCCAGCUGGAGAAAGCAUCCAGUUGGCCCCACAGGCGGGACCCAGGGAGACCCUUAGAGUCCAACAGUGGGCCUGUUGUGCUUCCCAGUGAGGGGCCCAGCAAGCACAAGAGUUGGAAUCGACAAGGCGUGCGCAGACCUUCCAUCUUACCUGAGGGCUCUUCUGAUUCAAGAGGUCCAACCAUGGGAAGAUCCUUCGGCCCCUCAGACAUAGUGGUUUUUCGGGAGAAGAAGCCAAAGGAGGGGACAGGAGGCUUUUCAAGACGCUGCUCCAAGCUCAUCAACUCCUCGCAGCUGCUUUACCAGGAGUACAGUGAUGUUGUUCUCAACAAGGAGAUUCAGAGUCAGCAGCGUCUGGACAACGUGGCAGAGGCACCCGGGCUGGCCUCCCCCAGGCAGCCUCGGAAGGCCCUGGUAUCCUCCGAGUCCUACCUGCAGCGCCUCUCCAUGGCCUCCAGUGGCUCCCUCUGGCAGGAAAUCCCUGUGGUGCGAAAUAGCACUGUGCUGCUCUCCAUGACCCAUGAAGACCAAAAGCUGCAGGAGGCCAAAUUUGAGCUAAUCGUGUCCGAGGCUUCAUACCUGCGCAGUCUACAUAUAGCUGUGGAUCAUUUCCAACUUUCAGCCCAGCUCCGGGCCACCCUCUCCAACCAGGAGUACCAGUGGCUCUUCUCUCGUUUACAGGAUGUACGAGACAUCAGUACCAUGUUCCUUUCAGAUCUAGAAGAGAACUUCGAGAACAACAUCUUCUCUUUCCAAGUGUGUGAUGUAGUCCUGAACCAUGCUGCAGACUUCCGCCGGGUCUACCUGCCCUAUGUCACCAACCAGACCUAUCAGGAGCGUACCUUCCAGAGCCUGCUGAGCAGCAACAGCAGUUUCCGAGAGGUCUUGGGGAAGCUGGAGAGCAACCCCAUCUGCCAACGCCUUUCCCUCAAGUCCUUUCUGAUUCUGCCUUUCCAGCGUAUCACCCGCCUCAAGCUGCUGCUCCAGAACAUCCUGAAGAGGACACAGCCUGGCUCCUCAGAGGAAGCAGAGGCCACGAAGGCCCACCACGUGCUGGAGGAGCUGAUCCGAGACUGCAAUGACAAUGUCCAGAGGAUGCGGCGGACAGAGGAACUGAUCUACCUGAGCCAGAAGAUUGAGUUUGAGUGCAAAAUAUUCCCACUCAUUUCACAGUCUCGCUGGCUAGUGAAGAGUGGAGAGCUGACGGCCCUUGAGUUCAGUGUCUCUCCAGGGCUGCGAAGGAAACUGAACACACGACCUGUCCAUCUGCAUCUCUUCAAUGACUGUCUGCUGCUGUCACGGCCCCGAGAGGGAAGCCGCUUCCUGGUGUUUGACCAUGCUCCCUUCUCCUCCAUCCGAGGGGAAAAGUGUGAAAUGAAGCUGCAUGGGCCACACAAAAACCUCUUCCGCCUCUUCCUGCGGCACAACACGCAAGGCACCCAGGCUGAGUUCCUCUUCCGCACAGACACUCAAAGUGAAAAGCUUCGCUGGAUCUCAGCCUUGUCCAUGCCAAGAGAGGAAUUGGACCUGUUGGAGUGUUAUGACUCCCCACAAGUCCAGUGCCUGCGCGCCUACAUGCCCCGGGAGAAUGACGAGUUGGCUCUGGAGAAGGCUGAUGUCGUAAUGGUGACUCAACAAAGCAGUGAUGGCUGGCUGGAGGGCGUAAGACUCUCAGAUGGGGAGCGGGGCUGGUUCCCUUUGCAGCAAGUGGAGUUCAUUUCCAACCCAGAGGCCCGUGCACGGAACCUGAAGGAAGCUCAUCGAGUCAAGACUGCCAGGCUACAGCUGGUGGAGCAGCAGGCCUAGCUGCUCUGCCGGAACCUCCUGAGCAUACAAACAGGCUGCUCCUGGAGAUAGCUGGCCCCAGAACCUUGCUUCAGAGGCCUUCUCUAGCCCAAGAACAAAGCCCAGCUGACCCAGUCAUCCGGGGCCUUCAUUUGUGUGGGGGAAUAUUGAGGGUCUUCACACUGGACUAUAGGACUCUUUUCCUAGUAAAAGUAACUGUGGGGCCUGAGCCAGGGAACUUUACUUCUACAACAGUAUAGUAUGUAAACAUCCUCUGCUUCCAGAGUACAGAUUCAGAUCUGGCCAAAGUUUAGUCCUAGCCAUAUGUUCAACAGAAUCUGACCUCAAUCUACAUGAGGGAUAUGUUUAAGGGAGAUGAAGCCAUCAGAUGAGAAGGUCAUCCUGAUGACCUCUAAGAUAUUUUACAACCCUAGAGAUACUCCACAAUUAUUGGUGUGAGCAGAGCGCAUGCCUCUCCGAGAUCUGUCUCUUGGUGGCCAUGUGAGAGUGACAUUCUCUCAGUCUAAUAAACUCAGCACUUCUCCAAGUGUAUUCUUUUCAGACUCUUCAGUACUGAACAGGUUUCAGAACUGUGAAUGCCUGGGGGUUCCAAUAUGUUGGCUUCAGGUGUCAAUGAAAGACCAAGAUGGUACAUAGGAUAUGGCAGUGACUAACUCCAGCUUUAUAACACUGAGUUUGGGCAGUUGUUCUGUUUGUUGUGGCUCCAGAGGUUGUAGAAUGAAUUAAUGAAUAAUGUAAACUCAUUCAAACAUUUUCUACUGUGCCCAUCAGGUAGUUUGGGUGGAUUUGACAAAUACUUCUCAGACCAUUCAUGACUUUCUACUCUGACUUGAAUUAUCGUGAAGAUGUCUUCUGAGGUAUUGUAUCUUCUUUGUGAAAGGCAGUAUGGUGUAAUGCAAAGACUUUUAGAAUCUAAGUCAACAGACCUAAGCUCUAGUUACUUCAGUGCCAUGACUCAAGCUGUUUGUGUCUUUGUUCCAUUAAACAUAGAAUGUAGAAUCAGACCAAACAAACCCCUAAGCUUUAUCCAACUCUGCCACCUUCUUUAAAACUGUCUUCUUUAAAACUGUCUUAGCUGAAGAAUUUUACUUUUCUUUUCAAACAGAACCCUCAUAUAAAAAUAAUGUAAUAUCUGUUGUGCCGUCUUUCAAACUGGAUCAUGAUAGUUCCCCCUUAAACACUGUACUACUUUAUAAUUAGGAGAACUCAUAACUAGACUUGCUUUGCAGUUUUAUGUAAAGGUAAUGCUGACAUUGUAAAAUUUGUUUUAUGCCCAGGUAAUGAUGAUAUGCUGUAGUGGUAUCACUUUUGAUAACUGACUUUUUAGUCCAUCCUGAAACAAAAGUUAGCUUGCUUAAUUAUUCCUAUAAUGAUUAAAAUGAGAACUA